AUGUUGACGGUCCACACCAUCGUGAAGAAAAAGGAUGAGAUGAAGGCUGUUACAACAACAAAACGUCUCUCCAGGCUCUCUAAGCAAUGCACAUCUGUCUACAAAGAGAUGGGAAAAUUGCUUCUCCUGUGGAUCAAGAACAAGCCACUCACAGGGGAUAUGAUGAUGGAGACCAUCACAAGCUCUGUAUGGAGAGAUCUCUUAAAGCAGAACCCUAGAACAUUGAUGAGGCAGAUGCAAUUAAAGCCAGUCGUGGCUGGUUUGAUGGCAGAUGUUGUAAAAUCUGGUUGGAUUCAGCGCUAUAGUAGAGGCCAUAACAAAUUAAGUGGUUUUGAUUAUUUCAUUCGGCAGCUGUUGUGUGGCCCCGUGUGUGGAUCUCAUAGAUCGGAAAGUUUCCUGGAUGGUGGCUGGAGAAAAGUGUGGGUGGUACUGCAUGAUAAUUCCGUCUUGAGAUGGUAUAAGAAACAGACAGAUUCAGAUUCCAAAGGAGAUAUUCUACUGAAGGAGGUCUGCAAAUGGUUUAGUGUUGGUCAGUACACAAAUGGCAUGCCGGAUCAACCUGAUUUGCCAGCCGGUGCCAAGCUGGAGCAUCUCCUGGCUAUUCCAGUCAAACCAAGCAGCCGUGCCAAGAUCAUAUGGUUUCUAUUCACUAAUGACAAUGAACUAAAUGAAUGGAUGAAUGCCAUUGUCAGUGUGCUCCCUCCAGCCCCUCGCAAAUCCCAGCAGCCAAGGGCGGCAGCUGUCUCAGCCCCGUAUCCAACUGUGCAGGCAACCCAAGCUGGUACUGUAAUGGCAGGAGCUGGAUAUGCAGUGCCAUCUGCACCCCCUGCAAAUGCACCCCAUCCUUAUUCUACUCAUGCACCUAGAUACCCACAACAGGCACCUUAUCCACAACAGGCAAGUUACCCUCAACAACCUGGUUAUCCUCAGCAAGCUGCCUACCCCGGUUAUCCUCAGCAAGCUGCCUACCCACAACAAGCGUAUUACCCUCAGCAACCAGGUUACCCUCAACCUUAUGGUUAUCCUCAGCAGGCUACUAAUGCCUACCCACCAAAUGCAGCCGCAUAUGGUCAAGUGCCACCACCACCUCCUGGUUAUGCUGGAGCUUAUCCUGGAUAUUACCCUCAGCAGGGUCCCUACUAUGGAAACACUGGAAGCCCUCAAGUGGUACACAUUAAGGAAAAGAAUAAGAGUAACAUAGGAGAGAUUGCUUUAGGUGUUGCUGGAGGUGCGCUUCUUGCUCAUGGAGCUACGAGUAUGAUGGGCGGCUGGGGUGGCGGCUGGGGUCUUGGCCGUUGGGGCAGUUGGAGCUCACUCAGUUCACUGAGCAGCUUUGGCAGCUGUGGCAGUUUUGGCAGUUUUGGCAGCUUUGAUUAGGUGCAGAGAAGAGUGAAUGAGUGGAAGAAGGGGACUCACCCAGCAGUCAAAUAAGGAUUUUGUAAAAAAGAAAAACAAAACAGACAAAAACAAAACCAAAUAGAGCAAAUACAAACUGUAAAAUAAGUGAUAAGCUUAGGAAUCUAUCUGUACAUACACACACACACUCAUACAUACAUGUGUAUGCAUACACGCAUGUAUGUAUAUAUAUAUACAUACAUACACACACACACAUGUAUGUAUGUGUGUGUAUGUAUAUUUAUAUAUAUAUAUAUAUCUCUCUUGUUCAGUGGAUGGUACUGUGUUGUCCAUCCUUGCUUCUCUGAUUUCAUUCACGUCUCUUGUUAUCUCUAGAUUUUCAAAUUUUCAAAACUUGAAGGAAAGCGAGUGCGGGCCAUGGACCUGCAAGGGUCUUCUUGUACGGCUGUGAAAUGCAGGAACAGCUCACACUGUAGGUAUACAUGUGUACCUUGAAUAAAAUACUCACACACACACUUAUAAACACUGUCAUUUUAUGUCUUUGUAUACAUUUAAAUAUACUAUUUAUAUGUCUGUUUAUCCGUGUACCUAUCUAUAAUAUGUGUAUUUAUGUCAUUCAUGUGUUUAUAAAUAUGUAUAUGUGUGAGUGUGUGUGUGUGUUGUAUUAGUUUAUGUCGUCAUAACUUAACAUCCAUCUUCUAUACAUGCAUGGAGAUAUAUAUAUAUAUAUAUAUAUAUAUAUAUAUAUAUAUAUAUAUAUAUGAGAGAGGGAGUGAGGGGAGAGUAACAGGUUGACUUAGAUCUUUAAAGUUUCUCAGGCAACAUUCAGGAGUGUUUGGAGGGAUGGCAAUGCUUCCAACCCCAAAUAACCUCUUCCUCAAUCAGCACAAUUUCAACUGUGUGUUGAGUGUUACUUUCUUUCAGUUGUUUGAAUAUAUUGACUUACCUCCUCCCCUGAAGUUACUGGCCUUGUGUCAAAAUUUGAAACCAAUAAUAUAAUAAUGAAAUAUGUGAAUAAAAUAAAUAUAAUAAGUUAAUAUAUUGAAAUAUAUUUAUAAAAUUUUGUUAACAUUAAAAUAUUUUAAGAAGAGUCUUUUUGAAAAAUUUAACAGAAUGGAAGUUUUACACCAUUUCAAAUUCCUAUUGGAAAUUAUGAUAUCAGGGAUUAGAAAUUUAGGAUCAGAGAGGAAAGUAGGGCAACAAAUAUACUGCAGGGGUAGACUUGUGCAGGUAGGGUUUAAUGGUGGUAGUGAGGGAGGGUUCAAUUUAAAAACAAAGGAAAACUUUUUUUCUGUGCAUUUUGUUCAGUGACUCCAUAUUGAAUAUUUUGGAUAUAUACACACACACCCACACACACAUGUAUAUGGUUGUCCUGAAUGCAGCUCAUUAAAAAGUAUUAAAGUAUUAAAAAGCUCCUUGUCUGGAAAAGGGGUGAAUCCCAACAUUCAAAGCACUUAUAUAAGUAUUCAUACAAAUAUAUAUAACUAUCUACACACAAACAUCCACACAUAGAUAGACUUAUACAUACAUGAAUACACAUAUUACAUAUGUCUGUCCUUCUACCUGUUCAAUACAUUUAUAUAUAGUGUUGCUCUCUCAAAUUCUGAAGAAGAAACCACAGACUAACCUAGUUUCUCUGUCUUUUUCUUUACUUUCUCCCUGACAUACUCUUCCUCUCUCUCUCUCUCUCUCUCACAUAUGCAUGCACAUGUAUGUAUGUUGUAGUUUUACAAAAAGAGUGGUGACAGUAACUUUGAAGUUUGGGCCAACUAGCCUUCUUUGGAUUGUUAACACUUCGAGGUCACUGUCAUUCGUCUUGUUGCAAAAGUCUAAUAAUUAUUUACUUUAUGAAAAGUAUUGAGUAAUUCUUCAGUUUUAUAUGAAAUUGUUUUUAUAUGUAAUUUGACAUAAAAAUAACAGUUAUUAAUGUGUGCAUAUGUGUGUGCACACGUGCCUGUGUGUGUGUGCGUAUACAUGUUUGUUUGUUAAAUAAUAUUUGCCAAUCUGCUACUGUACAAUCUCUUUACAAGUUUACUUGAUAUGACUGGGUCCAGUCACACGAUCUGUCUGCUAGAAAUAGCAGCCAAAUCUUCAAAUUACUCUGUCAUUUUAAAGCAAAAGGGCACAUUCAUUGAUAUAGUCCUAGAUAACCGUAAUCAUAGCAGGAAUGCUUUUGAUCAUAAGUUUUCACAGUCAAACAGUCUUUAUUUUUACCACUGCCAUCCUUUUACGUCUGUAUGGGUGUGUAUAUGUUUGUUUAUGUAUGUAUAUGUAUAUAUGUAUAUGCAUACAUAUGUGUGUGUACACAUACACACACAUAUGUACUUUGUACUUGUGUUUGGUUUUGAAAGAUUCUUGAUGUGUAUUUGUGUGUUGAAACAACUCUUCUAGUAUCUUGGUAGGGUCAUUAUGCCAAUAAUGAUUAACAUGCACACAUGGUCUACCUCACACUUCGAAGGGAAGAGGUAUGUGAGAAGUUACAAACAGUGAUGAAAGGACUUUGAAAAACAAACAACCGGUUGAUUAGUUAGUUGCUUAGAUAUCUAACCAGGUGACGAACAGUAGAGAAGGGAUAUAGAACCAGUGCAUAUGUUUAUUGUUAUUGACAUAAUGACCCUCCAUAGAUACAAUAAUAGAUCAGGAUUCGAGUGAAUUAGGCACUUAAAUGGUAAGGUACCAAGUCAGGUCAAAAAAUGAAAUAAAAGGAGAGGAAUACAUAGGUGAGUACCAAAGUACAGGUGGCGAGAUAGAGCCAUGUUAUGUCUCUGAUUAACUGUACCCGACUAGGGAGCGCUCAUUGCACUACUUUGGUUCCAUGCAGGGAGCAGCAGGUUCUGAGUGAGGGGAAUAAUAAAUAAAUUUUAAUUGAUUUAUGAAGAAAUUACAUCGUUAGAAAAAACUGUUUCCAUCAAGUGAAUGCAUGAAUCCCAACAUGAAAAAGGCCACAGUUUGUCACUGGAUGAUUCUAUGACCAAUUCCAGUCAUAAGAAUAUAGUAUUUAGCACCAGGCCUGUCUUGACUGAGCGGACUUUGAUGAAAGACAUUCCAGUUUUGACUAUCCCUUCUUACUCUAUAUCAGUAACUCCAUUGUACUGUGUACUUCAUUUUAUUGAAGGCAUUAAGGUGUCGUUAGGGCAAUUUAGCUGCUAUCUUCAGCAGAUCAAGCUACCACGAUGGAGCUCCUUCAUUAACUUGUAAUAUUGAGUCUUGUUUUCUUUUGUUGAACUGAUCUAAAGCAUUCCAACCAUGACUAAUCCAUCAUUUUCUAUAUCAGAGAUGAUUUCGUUCAUUGUAUGGUAGCAUGUGUCCUGAGAGAAAUUUUGCUGCUAUUUCUAGCAUUAAUAAGGGCAAUAAUAAAUAGGUUUUUCUCCUAAUAUAAUAUGAAAGUUUAUGCUUGCUCUCUGUGUGCAGAUAUUGCAGCCAUUUGUGUUAUUUUCUUGCCUCUGCAUCAGUUUUUUAAUUCUUAUCCCAUUGGUUUUGUUUUCUGGGUUUUUUUUUGUCUUUAAUUAAAAUUUCAAAUGUUCCAGCCAUUGGAUGACAUUGAUAUCUCAACAUGUUAUCACCCUGCCCACUUCUUAUGAAAGAUGCCUUACCUAAUAGAAUGUGUGUGUGUAAGUUGAAAAAGGAAAAUAAAGCUUCUCACAUGCAAAAACUCUUAUAUUUCAGGUGCAACAAAGGCUCAAAUCAGUUCAACAAAUGCCUAGUCACAUUGGUUUUGUUAUUUUAUUUUUAAACUGCCCAGCAACUCUUUCAAGUGACAUAUUUUCAGAUAGUCAAAGUUGGUGGCAUGUGUUUAUGAUGUUGCUUGCAAAUGCUGUGAUGAAUUUGUAGAAGCCACCGGCCCAGCUCCGACUGACUUGAUUUUGGGGUUGAGGCAGGUGGAUCAAUAUAACUUCUUCUCCAAGACUAGUUUGGAGGUGACUAUCUCUUUGGAGGCAUUGCAGCAUUUGGGGUUAAGUGUUUGUGAAAGGGAGAGGUGGGUCAGUAGUGACAUAUCAUGGAGUUGCUGGUCUGUGCAUCACCCUGACUACUACCAACAUCCUAACAUAUGCAACCAGUUGGAGAGGUGCUGCUAAGCCGGAUGCUGAGCAGUUUAAAUAAAAUAACAAAAUUGAAGUAUCUCCACAUUUCUUGGAUUGCUUUCUUUUGAGGAUGGACCGGAAAUAAUAAAGCAUUUUGUAAAACUUCCAUUUUCUUUUUCUACUUCUGAACUAAAAUACUUCAAGCAAACGACAACACUCAUACAUGUGUGUGUGUAUCUAUAUAUGAUCUGAAAUACUUCAACCAGUGCCUGUAUGUAUGUGUGUAUUUCUUUUGUGUGUUUCAGCCAUGCAGCUGUGGCCAUGCUGGAGUGCCACAAUGACUUGGUACCGUUUUCAGAGCCCUCUUAUGUCACACAUUUGUUUCUGUAUGUUUGCCUGUUUACACUCAUAUACAAGCACACGAAAACACAUACAUAAUAUAUAUAUAUAUAAAACAAUCUAUCCAGCAUACACACACACACACACAAGAAACAUACAGUGGAGUGUAAAUGUGAUGAUUAAUUUUAAAAAUAAAAUGUGUGCACGAGUCUGGGUCCUUUUCACAUUGUUUUGUCUUUUGCCACGGCUCACUGGUUGAAAAACCACCCAAAAUAUCCAAACUUAUUUGCUUUUUUUUUUUUACACUUAACGCAUUUCAAAUGUGAAACUGUGGCAAUGUAAAUGUCUAGUGGUGGCUGGGUCUGCGUAUCCAGCUGGAAAUAUUCACUUAACUAACAAUUCAACUAAAUUUAAUACACUCUUCUGUUAAGGCUCAGUGUUGUUUAAUGCCUUUUUUACAUGUGUUGUUAUCUUUUCUUUUUUUUUAUACUGUGAUAUUAUUUCACUUUUCUCCUUCCAUUUGUUUUUUCCUAUAAAUGUUAAACGUUGAAUUAAAACUUAGCUCAAAAUCACUGCCAUA